AUGUUCAAUCUCAAACAUAAGGACACGUUGUUUUAUGUGGCCUCACAAUUUGCAAAAGAGGAAUCGUGUAGUUUUGCGAUCAAAUAUUUAGAAAGAGCUAUUGAAAACGGAUAUGGUCAAAAGGAUCCACAAGAAAUGUUUGGAAUUGCUACAAUUUAUGAACAAUUUGACAUGCUGGAGAAAGCAAUCCAAUUCUAUUCAGAUGCCAUUCCUUAUAACAGUUCAAGAGGAAAGCUCAAAGAGUUAAAGCAACGACUAGCGUCCAGCAUGGAAGCUUCGCCUUCCUCUCAUGUGAGCACUUCGAGCGCCGUAAAACUGGAGCGAAUAUCUGAUACUUCAACGUUUGAUGAAGAAGAAUAA